UGGCCCCUUUAGUUCACGGUCUGUGUUGCGAUAACCAUCUACGUAACUUGGGAACAACAAGACUGUAAUUGUAUAUUUCAUACAUUCAAAGAAUUAAAUUAAACGGCGUCAUAUAUCACAACGGCAUAGUACACAAAGUAACGAACGUCAGCACUUCGAGAUCAAUCGAAGUUUGGUGAGGCCUUGUCACGUUGUCUGUGGACUACCGAAGAAGUUCUCUGAAUCAGGGUUACUUUGGGCACCUGUCACAAAUAGCAAGGCGACACGGACGACGUGAAUAUGAUCAUCAUACAUCCCGAAAAGUUAAUGCAUAAGGUCUACAGCAAUUAUUGAACCAGCUUCGAUUUAAUCCAACGGGAGCUUCACAUAUCCACUGACAGGAUAAAGUAAAUUGUGGAACAAAAGACUGAGAGAACACAUUCAAGAUGCAUAUUGAUCAAUAACACAUAUAACAUAAAGCGUUGUAGGAUAAAUCAAUAUUCCUAGAGGCAAAGGAAAUUGAAUUGAGGGCACUGUCAGAUUUGUUAUGAUAAACAUUAGCGUGUCUAUGCGUUUGCCAUCUACUACAUGUACCAUGGAAAAUGGCAGCGAGUCAACGCGGGCGCAAUCUGCACGAAGGAAAUCAAGCACUAAGUACGCUUGGGGUCCAAGUGCUGGGGAAAAAGAUGCGGACAGAAGAGUAAAAGAUGAAAAAACUGAAAAGCUUCCCCGAUUACUGCGAAAAAAGGAAGGUUUGAUCACAGCAGUGAGGCGCUCUCAGUCAUCUUCAGCGAGAGAACAAGAAGACGAGAUCGAAAGAAUAAAAAGGGCCAACCGGCGCGAGUCGCUUGCUUUUGGCAACGCUACUGCUGAUGAAAGUCGCCCAAACUCAGCGAGGUCCAUUUCUCCAGAUUCCUCGGCUGUGACAGGAGGGGAGGGUGGUGGCAACAGCUCUCAGAAUAUCUGGAUUGAAUUUGAAAAUCAUAUCAAAAGUAUAGAUGACGAUUCUUCGAAAAUUAGGACUUUUCAACAAAACAAAGUUAACUUCCGAUCUAGCGAGACAUUUCAAAAAGUUGCUGGAGAAUUCCGGAGUGAAAAAUCAAGACAAAAUAUAGGGUUUGGGACAAAUUUGAGGAUAAAAAAAUUCACAGCAAACAGGUCAAAUAAGCACCAAGAAACGGAACCACAGCAUGGAGAGAAUGAGACAGAGACAGAAAACCAGAUAAACCCAGAAAAAGAAACAAAACAAGGAAAACCAAUGCGUUGGUCUGUUAUAAAGCAAGGGGUUAAGGAAGUGCAAGAGGAGAAAAAAGGAAAAGACGCAGGAAAUCUUACAAGCAGCAUCACAAUUAAAUGAAAUAGACCUUAAAAAGCAAGAUCUUUACAUUAGGUACGGGAUCAUUCCUGCAAAGGGACAUGCCAAACCAACAAAUACAAUGAUACCUAAAAUCAACCCACGUUUUGUAUCAAAGGAAUUUUUAGCGUCAUAUAAAGUUCUCCACCCGACCUUAGACUAUUUGGACUACAGAGAGGGUCGAACUAGACGUGGGAGAAGGGUGCAAUCCGCUUUCACCUGACACAUUCUAAACAUAACAACUUUACAUGGCGCUUGGUUCAGUAUGUUACAUUUCUGAGUCAACAAUGAAUGGGUCAUGUGGGUGAUACAAAUAAACCGCCCGCAUUAAGUCAAACUAUAUCGGUUGGUUGGUUGAAGCUGGGUGACACAAGAGAAGCAUUCCAGUUCUUUUAUUUGUCAGUUUUUUUAUUCUCCAGUUACGCUGUAUAUAUUUCGUUAAGCGGGCUAUCAUAUUUUGUCACACAAUGUUUUGGCUUCAGAAGCCUUUUUUUAGUUAUUCUUUAUAACGCAAUGCAAUAAUUCCAAAUAAAG